AGACCUGCUUGACGACCAUGAGGAGCUCAGCCAAGCCCUGGAGCCCGGUGACCAGAGUGGGGAGCCAUGGGACUGACCGAGCGCGGCCCCUCCCCACAGCCUCUUCGGGCAUGAAGAGUUCUAAGUCUUCAACCUCGCUGGCUUUUGAGUCCCAGCUCAGCAAGCUCAAGAGGGCCAGUAGCGAGGACAUGCUCAACAAACCAGGAGGUACCACUGCUUCUGGGGUAGCUCGACUGAAAAAGACUUCGACAGCUGGAACCAUCUCCGAGCUCACCGAGAGCCGCCUGAGGGGCCACCCAGGGGCUGUGACGACAACCAAACGGACAGGCAUUCCAGCUCCUCGAGAACUUUCGGUAACUGUCUCAAGAGAGAGAACUGUGCCACGUGGUCCCUCCAACCCAAAGAAAUCUGUGUCCAGUCCAACUUCUUCCAGCACCCCCACCCCCACCAAGCACCUGAGGUCCACUUCCACGAGACCCAAGCAAGAGAAUGAAGGCGGAGAAAAGGCCGUGCUCGAGUCUCAAGUUCGGGAACUUUUGGCAGAAGCCAAAGCAAAAGAUAGUGAAAUCAACAGGCUUCGAAGUGAACUAAAGAAAUGCAGGGAGAAAAGGGCUGUGAACACCGAAGGGACCGAUGCCUUGGACCCAAAGGGAGAUGGCACAUUAGUCUCACCAGGUGACUCGGAACCUCUGAUAAGAGCUCUUGAGGAGAAGAACAGGAAUUUUCAGAAAAAGCUUGCUGAGCUAGAGGAAGAAAACCGGGCCUUGAAGGAGAGACUGAGUUACUUUGAGCAUUCACCAAAUUCAGAAGGGGGAUCCAGUCACACCGGUGACAGCAGCUGUCCAACAUCCAUCACCCAAGAGUCAAGCUUUGGAAGCCCGACUGGAAAUCAGUUGUCAGGUGAAAUCGAUGAGUAUAAAAAAAACAUACCUAAAAAUGUAUUACGGACGUCUGGCUCCUCAAGUAGCGACGUUACCAAAGCUUCUUUGUCACCGGAUGCCUCCGAUUUUGAGCACAUCACAGCAGACACCCCCUCUCGGCCCCUGUCUUCCACUAGCAACCCCUUUAAGAGUUCAAAGUGUUCCACCACUGGGAGUUCCCCUAACAAUGCGAGUGAGCUGUCCCUGGCUUCCCUCACGGAGAAGAUACAAAAGAUGGAAGAAAAUCACCAUAGCACAGCGGAAGAACUGCAGGCUACUUUACAAGAAUUAUCAGACCAGCAACAGAUGGUGCAGGAAUUGACCGUGGAAAAUGAGAAGCUGGUGGACGAGAAGACAAUUUUGGAAACUUCCUUUCAUCAGCAUCGAGAGAGGGCAGAGCAGCUGAGUCAAGAAAAUGAGAAGCUGAUAAACCUCUUACAGGAGCGAGUGAAGAAGGAAGAGCCUGGCACUCAAGAAGGGAAAGUCCUAGAACUAGAGCAGAAGUGCACAGAAAUCCUUGAACAGGGCCGCUUCGAAAGGGAGAAGCUGCUCAACAUCCAGCAGCAGCUGACCUGCAGCUUACGGAAGGUCGAGGAAGAAAAUCAAGGGGCUGUAGAAAUGAUUAAACAGCUGAAGGAAGAAAACGAGAAGCUGAGUGGGUUUCUGGACCUGGAACGGCAUAGCAGCAGCGUGAUGGCCCAAACUCUGCAAGAGUGCACCGUUACCUUGGAAGGGCUGAGGGCUGAAAAUGGGUCUUUGAAGGCUUGUUUGGAGAGCGAGAAGCAAAAAGCUGUAGAGACCAGUCCCGUGGGGCAGACCGCAGAGGGCUGUGAAAUUCAAGAAAUGUUGAAAGUAGCUCGAGCUGAGAAAGAUCAGCUGGAACUGUCUUGCACUGAGCUCAAACAAGAAUUACUAAAGGCACAUGGUGAAAUCCAACAUGUGUCAAGCCUCUUAGCCAAGGUGGAAAAGGAUUAUUCUUACUUGAAGGAGAUAUGUGAUCAUCAAGCAGAACAGCUGAGCCGAACCAGCCUAAAACUGCAAGAGAAAGCAUCAGUGAGCGAUGCAGAGAUUAAAGACAUGAAGGAAACCAUAUUUGAACUGGAAGAUCAGGUGGAGCAGCAUCGAGCUGUCAAGUUACAUAAUAAUCAGCUCAUCAGUGAGCUAGAAAGCAGUGUGAUGAAGCUGGAGGAACAGAAAGCAGACCUGGAGAGGCAGCUAAAGACUCUGACUAAGCAGAUAAAGGAGGAAACCGAGGAGUGGAGGCGGUUCCAGGCGGACCUGCAGACUGCGGUGGUGGUGGCCAACGACAUCAAGUGUGAGGCCCAGCAGGAGCUGCGCGCCGUGAAGAGGAGGCUGCUGGAGGAAGAGGAAAAGAAUGCGAGGCUGCAGAAGGAGCUGGGGGACGUGCAGGGCCGCAGCAGACCUGUGCAUGAAGAGCCCGAGCCUCCCGAGGUUGAUGCUCCCGGCCGGUGGCAUGGUGUCUACGUCAGCAGAGCCUCCCCAGCACCUUUGGAGCCUGCGACCACCGUUAAGUCCCUUAUCAAGUCAUUUGACUUGGGACGCCCAGGUGGAGCUGGACAGAAUAUUUCUGUCCAUAAGACCCCCAGAAGUCCCUUGAGUGGAAUACCAGUGAGAACUACCCCAGCAGCUGCUGUUUCUCCAAUGCAGAGGCAUUCAACUUACAGCGGUGUCCGGCCGGCCAGCAAAGGAGUAGCUCAGCGCUUGGAUCUCCCAGACCUGCCCCUCUCAGGUCUUCUGAAGGGAAGAGCCGAGGACCUGAAACCGGACCCUUAUCUCCGCAAGAGUCCCUCACUGGAGUCGCUGAGCAGACCCCCUUCUCUGGGCUUCGGAAGCACUAGACUGCUGAGCACUUCCACCGGAGGCUUGAGACCACAAAGCAAACUAAGUUUGGAAAGAAGAGAUCCUCUGGCUGCCUUAGCCCGGGAAUACGGUGGCUCGAAGCGCAAUGCUCUCCUGAAAUGGUGCCAGAAGAAGACAGAAGGCUAUGCGAACAUCGACAUCACCAACUUCAGCAGCAGCUGGAGCGACGGCUUGGCCUUCUGCGCUCUGCUCCACACCUACCUGCCGGCUCACAUCCCGUACCGGGAACUGGGCAGUCAGGAGAAGAAAAGGAAUCUCCUGUUGGCCUUUGAAGCAGCCGAAAGUGUAGGCAUUAAACCCAGCCUGGAGCUCAGCGAGAUGCUGCACACAGACCGACCCGACUGGCAGAGCGUGAUGCAGUAUGUGGCCCAGAUAUACAAGUACUUCGAGACGUAAGCCGGAGGCCAGCAGCCACCGCCACGGCGCCUGCGGUUUGUCCUGGAAGCUCCUGGUCACUUUCCACAGGCUCUGCUCUGCCCGUGCACGGCCUCGCCACUGGAUUUCAAAGGAAGGGUCAAUCUGGGGGGGCAGCACACAACUGAGAAACAGAACUGGGGUCCUCCAGGCACCCACCUUGAAUCUAGAUGCCAGGGGCCUCCCUCAUUCCAGACGCAGGGGUCCCCAGGGUGGCCUCAUCCUUGAGCUGGGAGAUUAACAAAGACCACACUUCCACAACAGUCACCUUGUUACCAGGUCCUGGCUUUGGCCUUAAUAAAAACCGUGCCCUUCCUACCCACCAUGCCUCCAAAAACCCAGCAAGAGACAAACACUUGCUCUCAAGCAGCCUGGGAACACACGAACCCUGCCUGCUGGGGAAAUGUGCUUAUGUUCUAGGCAACAACUUGAACACCUAGAACUUGGUUACAUCUCACCGUCACUCACUUGGAUUCUGUGGAUGGAAGAUGAACAUGUGAGGAUUAGAAGGAGCCAGGGUAGUCUGCUUCACUGUACCUGUGGGGUGGCCUCCAGGUGGGAGUGUGCGCUCUCCCAGGGGCUGUGCAGGUGGGAGUGUCCCCUCUCCCAGGUGGCUGUGCAGGUGGGAGUGUGCGCUCUCCCAGGCCGCGCGCUGCUGGUGCUGGGACAUAGUCACACACAGCCGCCUGUGCUCAGCUGGUCCAGUACAGUGCCACGGAAGGGAAGCCACAGUGACUGUUCACCUCCUCCAUCUGCCCUGUUUGCUCACACUCCCACCCACACCCACACACGUUUGUGCCAUGUGCAUCAUGGGCAGAAAACCACUCCUGGGAAAUGGCCUGUGGCUGCUGCGUCUUUGGGUAUUUGUGCAGUGAAACAGGCUACAGGUGUGUAUUUCUUGGGCAACUAGGCAGACAGCAAAUUUAGACAGUAUUUCCACUUUCGACUUGUUCAGCAAUUAGUACUUCAAUAGCCCUUUCGUGUUUGUAUGACACAAAGGAUGGGCAGAGAUGGCUCUGUUUAUAAUUAAACAAAGGGAAAUGCAGUUUCUCAACUAUUCUGCGGUCGCCCUAGGGACAGCAGAGCCCCCCUCGAGUGGCCCCAUUCACCUCGGAAGUACUCUGAGCAAGUAACCACCGGGCGGUUCUUUGGUGUUCUUGGCGGGCAAGUAAAUGUACAUCAUAUAGCAAAUGGGGUGCCAUUCACAUAAGUAAAUCUGGGUUGAAUCCACCAGUGCCCAUCACUUCCUAAGGAAGAUGCCCCUCAGGCAAAGGGUCAUGGUUACCACAAGACACAGCGCUGUCCUUGGUUAAAGUAAAGCUCUAAUGAUAGGGGCCCCUGUUCCCAGUCGGGGCCUGGAGGCUGCAGGCCCAGCCCCGUCCUGGGAGAGGCCUGAGCUCGGCCCAUCGGGCCGCCCUGCUUGGGCUCUGCGUUAGUCUCCUGGGGCUGGCUAAGAGCACACGCGCCUGGCCUCCUCGGUUGAAUCCAGCAGAAUCCUGGAACGGAAGCAGGUGUGUCCUACGAAUUGCCAGAGUUCCCAAGAUCCCUGAAAGGCGAGGGCAGCCUUCAUGGGCCGCCCAGGGAGCUCUGAGCAACUUGCUGACGACGAUUUCCUAUCUGCCCUUGUUUUCAAGUAGAAGUUGGAGGCAGAGCCUGAACCAGCUCACCUUGCUGAUGAACGCGCCGAGUGAGGGCCGUUCCUGUGUUGCCUCCUGCAUCUCCUCCUGUUGAAGUAACCGAUGCGCUUUGAUCUCCCCAGGGCUCUGCCUUGCCUUGCGGUUGGCUUGGGCAGUGGCUGUUUAAUUACUACAAGGCUUUGUUCACGAGAGACACUGAGGCCGUGGGAUGUCUGAGGGGUGUUUAGCACUAUCAGCACCCUGUUUUUAGUGAUUACCAUCAGCGAUGCAGCACAGGCUCUGGGCAGUGGUGUUGCCCUUUCCCCUCCCUCCAUGUCGGGUCCUGCUCCCUUCAGGUUAGAAAGAAGGAAAAAAUGUCAUCCGGAAAGAUGACCAUGUGGCAACUUAUUUUUAUAAUUCAAAGCAGCUCCUUUACUGCCAUUUCUCUGCUGGGGGACAUAAAUGGGGAGGAAGCCUGUGUCCUGUAAGAGAAACGGGUGGUGGUGUGGGGCAGGUCUGGCCCUGCAGGGUCCUGGGAGGGGACUGAGGCAUCUGGGGUGCCAGGUGGGGCCCCCCAGCACUGCAGGGUCUGGGGAGAAGCUGUCCCAACCAGGCCAGGCCACAGAAUGGGGGUUUUAGAUCCAUUUUAAAUUGGGAGCCCAGAGCACAAAGUGAAUGUGGAAAGUUGAUAAACAGAACACAAGGUAGCAUCAGCACGUUGUAUCAUUUCGUUUUCUGUCCUGAGGUUUUCAGAGGCUACAAUAUCCAUGUUUCUUCCCAUCUUCUGUCGGCCACUGCCCAGUCAUUUAACAUUAUGUGGUGGUUCUGCAGAUCCUGUUUUUUUUAAUGUAUUUUAUAUAAAAGACACAUGUGAUAUGCAAGACCCAGAAGAGUGAGGAGUUUUUAAAAGACCUAAAGAGAAGAGAAACAGCCUUGGGAGCUGUUUCGUGGACUUGAACUCCAGCUGAUCUAGAUACUGCCCCGCCCCGCCCCCCGGGCCAGCUUUCUGAGGAGCCGCAAACUCACCCUUCUCCCGCCCUGCCUCUCGCCUCGGAAAUGCCGGCCUUUGGUGCCUGUUCUCCAUUCUGCUGUGGUUCUGUGGCCUUUGUUGAGAUCAUCCAAAGUAGAGGCGCAGGUGUCAGACAGUACACUUCCCAAGGCAAUUAGCCGCCUGGCAGCCACGACGUCUGCAGCCCUCCUUCCCCGCAGGGACCUGGCGAUUCUCUGAACGUCCCCGAGGGAGGCAGGCAUUUCACUCGGCGUGGAGACGGAGGGCUCAGGCCGGUACGUACAGCCCCUUUGCCGGAUCCAGCCCAGUGCCCCCCAUUCCAAAGCUUAGGCCAUGUUGAGAUGAACCACCAAGGACGCAGCCACAUUUUUGAAGGAUGUUUAAUAUCUCAGUUGCCCAGGCCCACUGGUGCUCCGCUUCUCUGACUGGCUAGUGCUUGCUGCUAGGUCCGAGCGCUCACUCCUUUAACUCCGCUAGUUGGAUGGGUGCAGUGGACACCCUGUAGCCUGCUUCUGCGCAAAGCGUCCAGGCUGCGCGAGCCCUCUCGGGACGCAACGUGCCAACGCUGCUGGGUUAACCAGUGACAAAGUGUGUGAUGUAUGACUGUAAUAUUUCUAAUAAAUAUAUUUUCUUUGUCUGAUUAUGAA